GCGACCACACCGAUCGUCGAGACGAGAGACGAGACCCUUCACCAACGCACGCUCCACCCACCGCCCACCGCGACGACGGGCUCCAUGAUCUACCUAGCUGCCUGCUAGAAAGGACACCGAUCGAGCGCAUAGUGCUCCUGCUAGCCAGCUGCUCGAUCGGCCGGCCGUCAUGAAGCCGGCAGGCACGGCCGCCGAGUACCACCACGACCACCCGGCCUCCCCGCGCGCGUCACAGUCGCAGCGCCGCCGCCUGGCCGCCGUGGUGGCCCCGCUGCUGCUCUUCCUCGCCGCCGCGCUCUCCUUCCCGUCCGCGCUCCGCCUCCCCGCCCUGCAGUUCCCGCCGCGCCUGCCACUCCAGCAACCGCCGGCUCAUCCUCCUCCUCCUUCUAAGCGCGUGGCGGUGUGCCUGGUGGGCGGCGCGCGGCGGUUCGAGCUCACCGGCCCGUCCAUCGCGCGCCACCUCCUCAACAGCCUCGGCGACGACAACACCGGCGUGGACGUGUUCCUGCACAGCCCGCUCGACGCCGACGCCUACAAGUUCUCCCUCCUGGCCCGCGCCGUCGAUGGCAAGACCACGCUGGCCGCCGUCAGGGUGUUCCGGCCGGAGCCCGUGGAGGAGACCCCCGAGCGCGCGCGCGUCCUCACCGCCGCCAACUCUCCCAACGGCAUCCAGGGUCUUCUCCAGUACUUCCACCUGGUGGAGGGAUGCUUGGACUUGAUUCGUGAGCGGGAAUCUCGAGGCAACUUCACCUACGCCUGGAUCCUCCGAACACGUGUCGACGGCUUCUGGACCGCGCCGCUCUCUGCGGAUGAUGCCUUCCCACGCUCCGAUGGUGUUUACGUAGUCCCAGAGGGCUCCACGUUCAGCGGCCUCAACGAUCGACUCGGUGUCGGGACCCGUGCUGCCUCAAAAGUCGCAUUAUCCCGCCUCUCCAUGCUACCCCGGCUAGGCGAGGCCGGGUACACAGACCUCAACUCGGAGGCGGCCUUCAUGGCGCAGCUAGAGGUGUCCGAGGUGGCAGCGCGGGAGAGGAGGAUGCCCUUCUGCGUACUCAGCGAUCGGAAGUAUGCAUACCCGCCAACAGGCUAUGGUGUGCCCGUGGCGUCGCUCGGGAGCCCCGGCCCGCUCAGCGGGGCCAAGUGUCGACCAUGUCGUCGUCCUGUGGCCUGCAGCGAGGGAUGCGCAGUUGAGCAGCUGGAACACGCGUGGAGCUGGACGGAGUGGCGGAACGGGACAUUGGAGUUGUGUGACGCGAGCGGACCAUGGGAGGACGGGUGGGAGGAGGUGUUCGACCAGGCUGCUGGCAAGGAGGCAGCGAAAGAGCGGUUGAGGGUUGCGAGGAUGGGGAUUGAGGAGUGCAAGAUAGAGAUGGAGGCGCUCCGGGCACGGACGGAGCAGUGGGAUGUGCCAAGCUCCGAUGAGAUAUGCCGCCUCGGUCUCGGCAGCUCGACAACGACAUCAGCUAGCCGCCGAUCCGGCCCUUUCUCUUCGUCUUCAAAAGAGACAAGUAGUUAGUCCAACACCCUUGAUAAUUUCUUUGUCACUUGGCAAACUUUGUACAAAUUUUAUACACAAGUGUUAGUGACCAAUCAAUGAUAUGUAAUAUAUGGGAGAUAGGAUUGGCAUAGUUGGGUCCAUCUGUAUGUAACACGCCAGGAUUUUGGAGAAAUUAACCUUCAUGGAAUUUUUAGCAUUCCAAAGGGACAGAUAAAACAAAAAUUUGAAAAGUUAUUUAGUGUGCUA